CGCCCGGAAGAGCGGCAUGGCGAUUUAGACUUGCUGGUCUUCUCUCGUGUGCGGGUUUGGGGGCUUCGAGGUAAAAGGGAGCCAACGCCGCGAACUUGGAGUCCCAGAAUGGCAGCCCUAGAAGAAAGCUUUCCUCGAGGGGGUACAAAAAGGAUUAACAAAUCAGAGAAAUCUUACCAGCAGUCAGUUGAACAUGACAAUUUAUUUGAUAUUUCCACUGAAGAAGAAUCUGCCAAAAGGAAAAAGAAUCAGAAAGGCCCAGCAAAAGCAAAAAAGUUGAAAAUUGAAAAGAGAGAGAGGGGCAAGUCGGUAAAAGAGAAGUUUGAAAUCCUUAGUAUUGAGUCCCUGUGUGAAGGAAUGCGGAUUUUGGGUUGUGUCAAGGAGGUAAAUGAGCUAGAACUGGUGAUCAGUCUGCCCAAUGGCCUCCAAGGGUUUGUGCAAGUGACUGAAAUCUGUGAUGCCUACACCAAAAAGCUGAAUGAGCAAGUGGCACAAGACGAACCCCUGCAGGACCUACUCCGCUUGCCUGAACUUUUCUCGCCUGGAAUGCUGGUGAGAUGUGUUGUAAGCAGUGUGAACAUCACAGAUAAAGGCAAAAAGAGUGUCAAGCUCUCUGUGAACCCCAGAAAUGUCAACAGAGUGCUGAGCGCUGAGGCCCUGAAGCCCGGCAUGCUGCUGACAGGUACUGUGUCCAGCCUGGAAGACCAUGGCUACCUAGUGGACAUUGGUGUUGGGGGAACCAGAGCUUUUCUGCCACUGCAGAAAGCCCAGGAAUAUAUUGGACAGAAGAACAAAGGUGCUAAGUUGAAAGUGGGUCAGUACCUGAACUGCACCAUCCAGGAGGUCAAAGGCAACGGAGGAGUUGUUAGCCUGUCUAUAGAGCAGUCAGAGGUUUCUACGGCCCUUGCUACCCAGGAGCAAAACUGGACCCUUAAUAACUUGCUGCCAGGGCUGGUGGUCAAAGCCCAGGUACAGAAGGUGACUCAGUAUGGCCUGAGCCUGAGCUUCCUCACAUUCUUCACCGGCCUGGUGGACUUCAUGCACCUGGAUCCUAAGAAAGUCGGCACGUAUUUCACACAUCAGACAGUGAGGGCCUGCGUCCUCUGCGUGCAUCCUCGGACCAGAGCUGUGCGCCUGAGCCUGCGCCCCCUCUUCCUGCAGCCUGGGCGUCCUCUCACUCGGCUCUCCUGCCCGCACCUCGGAGCUGUGCUGCAAGAUGUCCCUGUCCAGGGCUUUUUCAACAAGGCAGGGGCCACUUUCAGGCUGAAGGAUGGGGCCCUGGCCUAUGCUCGGCUUGGCCAUCUCUCUGAUUCCAAGAAUCUCAAACUGGAGGCUUUCAAGCCUGGGAACACUCACAAGUGCAGAAUUAUUGACUUCAGCCAAAUGGACGAGCUGGCUUUGCUCUCCCUGCGGACGUCUGUUAUUGAAGCUCAGUACCUUAAAUAUCAUGAUAUCAAAACUGGCACAGUGAUAAAAGGCACGGUGCUGACCAUAAAGCCAUUUGGGAUGCUGGUGAAGGUGGGUGAGCAGAUGAGGGGCCUGGUGCCGGCCAUGCACCUGGCUGACAUCCCGAUGAAGAAUCCGGAGAAGAAGUACCGCGUCGGGGAGGAGGUCAAGUGCCGGGUUUUAUUUUGUGACCCUGAAGCUAAGAAGCUGAUAAUGACCCUGAAGAAAACUCUGGUCACUUCCAGACUGCCCAUCAUUAUCUGCUAUGAAGAUGCCAAGCCUGGUCUGCAGACACAUGGCACCAUCCUCAGGGUCAAGGACUACGGCUGCAUCGUGAAGUUUUACAACGAUGUCCAGGGCCUGGUGCCCAGACACGAGCUCAGUGCCCAGUACAUUCCUGACCCAGAGAACGUCUUCUACGCUGGCCAGGUGGUGAAGGUUGCUGUACUGAACUGUGAGCCUGCCAAAGAAAGGAUGCUCUUAUCCUUCAAGCUGCUGAGUGAUCGAGAGCCAAAGAACGAGGUUGCAGGACAUGCUCAGAAGAGUGAAAAAGGCGUCAGUGUUGGGCAGUUGGUGGACGUGAAGGUUUUAGAGAAGACCAAAGAUGGGCUGCAGGUGGCCGUCCUGCCGCACAACAUCCCUGCCUUCCUCCCCACGCCUCACCUGUCCGACCACGUCGCCAAUGGCCCACUCUUGUACCGCUGGCUCCAGGCAGGUGACACACUUCACCGCGUGCUGUGUCUGAGCCAGAGCGAGAGACAGGUUCUCCUCAGCAGGAAGCCAGCUUUGGUUUCCACAGUAGAAGGUGGCCAGGAUCCCAAGAACUUCUCUGAAGUCCAGCCUGGAAUGCUGCUCGUGGGCUUUGUGAAGAGCAUCACGGACUACGGCGUGUUCGUCCAGUUCCCCUCGGCUCUGAGUGGACUGGCCCCCAAGGCGAUCAUGAGUGACAAGUUUGUGACAAACCCAAGUGACCACUUUGUUGUGGGGCAGACGGUGGUGGCGAAGGUGACCAGGGUGGAUGAAGAGAAGCAGCGGAUGCUGCUGUCACUGCGGCUUUCAGAUUGUAGGCUGGGGGCCGCCAGCAGCAGCAGCCUGCUCCUCCUGAGUCAGUGCCUGGAGGAGCUGCAGGGUGUGCGCAGCCUCCUGAGCAGCCAAGACUCUGUGCUGGUCCAGAUGCUGGCCAAGAUAACCCCAGGGACGGUCCUGGACCUGGUGGUGCAGGAGGUGUUGGAAGAUGGCUCUGUGGCAUUCAGCGGGGGUCCAGAGCCCACCCUGGUCCUGAGAGCCAGCAGAUACCAUCGUGCAGGGCAGGAUGUCGAAUCUGGACAGAGGAAGAAGGCCAUCGUCCUUCAUGUCGACAUGUUGAAAUUGGAGGUACACGUUUCCCUUCGCAAGGAGUUGGUGACUAGGAAAGCUCGGAAGCUGAAGAAGGGCAGUGAGCACCAGGCCACGGUGCAGCAUGUGGAAGAGUCCUUUGCAGUGGCCUCCUUGGUGGCUACAGGCCAUCUGGUGGCCUUCUCUGUGGCCUCUCACCUCAACGACACCUUCCGCUUUGACUCAGAGAAGCUACAGGUGGGACAGGAGGUCUGCCUGGUCCUCAAGACCACAGAGCCUGGAGUGACUGGUCUGCUUCUGGCCGUCGAGGGGCCACCUGCCAAGAGAGUCCUGAGACAGACUCGAAAGGACUCAGAGACGGUUGACGAGGAAGAGGAUGGUGACCCAGCUCUGGCCGCGGAGCCAAAAAAGAAGCACACGCUGGCCAUCGGUGACACAGUCACUGGGACAGUGAAGUCUGUGAAGCCCACCCAUGUGGUCGUGACCUUGGAGGGUGGUGUGACUGGCUGCAUCCAUGCCUCCCGCAUCCUGGAUGAUGUACCAGAGGGCAUCACUCCUACUGCCACGCUGAAGGUUGGGAAGAGAGUGACCGCGCGAGUGAUUGGCGGGCGAGAUGUGAAGACGUCUAAGUUCCUCCCAAUAAGUCACCCCGGAUUUAUUCGGACCAUCCCGGAGUUGAGCAUUCGGCCAAGUGAGCUGCAGAAGGAUGGCCACACAGCCCUGAGCACUUACUCAGCCAGCCUUGUGGAGACGAUGCAGCAGUACCAGGCUGGUCAGACUGUGACUUGCUUCUUAAAGAAGUACAACGUGGUCAAAAAAUGGCUCGAAGUGGACAUCGCGCCAGACAUCCGGGGGAGAAUUCCCUUGUUGCUCAUGUCUCUCAGCUUCAAGGUUCUGAAACAUCCAGAUAAGAAGUUCCACAUGGGCCAGGCCUUGAGGGCCACUGUGGUUGGCCCAGAUUGCUCCAAGGGCUUCUUGUGUCUCUCACUGAUAGGUCCUCACAAGCUUGAGAAAGGAGAAGUGGCCAUGGGUCGUGUGGUAAAAGUGACGCCCAACGAGGGCUUGACUGUUGCCUUCCCCUUUGGGAAGACGGGGACAGUCAGUGUAUUUCAUGUGAGCGACUCCUACUCUGAGACACCCCUGGAGGACUUCAUGCCGCAGAAAAUUGUCAGAUGUUACGUCCUGUCCGCUGCAGACCACGUGUUGACUUUGUCACUACGAUCAUCCAGGACGAACCCUGAGACCAAAAGCAAAGUAGAAGAUCCCGAGAUUAACUCCAUGCAGGACGUGAAGGAAGGGCAGCUUCUGCGGGGCUACGUGAGGGCCAUCAAGCCACAUGGUGUGCUCCUGGGCCUUGGCCCCUCCAUUGUGGGCUUGGCCCAUCUCUCCCAUGUCUCCCAGAGUGUCCCGGCCAGGAAGGACCUUUAUAGCAGAUACUUGCCUGAAGGGAGGCUGCUCACUGCCAAGGUCCUCAGGCUGAACCACAACAAGAACCUGGCAGAGUUGUCCUUCCUCCCCGCCGACACCGGGGAGCCAGAUGUGCUGUCUGUUUCCCCAGAACUGGUCCUUCAGAAGGAGAGGGACAAAAAGGGAAUGAAGAAGAGUCAGGAAAGGAAAGAAAAGAACCUGAAGGGGGAGGCAGGGGGGCAGCUGCCCAGCAAGGAGCAGAUGAAGGCGAAGAGGCCUGGCAAGCAGGAGCGCCAGGACUCUGGGGAAGCACAGGAAAGAGUGAACAAGAGGCAGAAGAGAGCUUGUCCUCUGGAGGAGGAUGACAGUGGCGUGGAAGUGUAUUACCGUGAGGGAGAAGAGGAGAUAGAGGAGACAAAGGGGACACUGACCAAGCCCGCAGAAGUGCCCCGGCUGCGAAUCUCUUCAGGCUUCCUGUGGGAUGUGGGGCUCGACUCUCUGACCCCUGCCUUGCCGCCUCGAGGAGAGAGCUCUGACAGUGAGGAGGAGGAGACGCCUCGCCAAGCCACGCAGAAAAAGAAGAGCAAGAAGGAACGAGAGAUGGAAAAGCAGAAGGCAGAAAGGGAGCUGUCCCGUGUCGAGGAGGCUCUGAUGGAUCCUGGGAGACAGCCGGAGUCUGCGGACGACUUUGACCGGCUGGUGCUGAGCUCCCCUGACAGCUCCAUUCUGUGGCUGCAGUACAUGGCUUUCCACCUGCAAGCCACGGAGAUUGAGAAGGCCCGGGCCGUGGCCGAGAGGGCCCUGAAGACCAUCUCCUUCAGAGAGGAGCAGGAGAAGCUGAACGUGUGGGUGGCGCUGCUGAACCUGGAGAACAUGUACGGCUCUCCCGAGUCCCUGAGCAGGGUCUUCGAGCGCGCCGUGCAGUACAACGAGCCUCUCAAGGUCUUUCUCCACCUGGCCGACAUCUAUGCCAAGUCUGAGAAAUUCCAGGAAGCUAGUGAGCUGUACAACCGUAUGCUGAAGCGCUUCCGUCAGGAGAAAGCUGUCUGGAUCAAGUAUGGUGCCUUUCUUCUGCGGAGGAGCCAGGCGGGGGCCAGUCGCCAGGUGCUGCAGCGAGCCCUCGAGUCCCUGCCUACCAAGGAGCACAUGGACGUCCUUGCCAAGUUUGCCCAACUGGAGUUCCAACUGGGAGAUGCAGAGCGGGCCAGAGCCAUUUUUGAGAACAUGCUGAGCACCUACCCAAAGCGCACAGAUGUCUGGUCGGUCUACAUCGACCUGACCAUCAAGCAUGGCAGCCAGAAGGAAGUCCGUGACAUCUUUGAGCGGGUGAUUCAUCUGAGUCUGGCCCCUAAGAAAAUGAAGUUCUUCUUCAAACGCUACCUGGACUAUGAGAAGCAGCACGGCGCCGAGAAGGAUGUGUUGGCUGUGAAGGCCAAGGCCCUGGAGUACGUGGAGGAGGCCAGGAGCUCCGUGCGGGAGGAAGACUAGGCCUGGGCAGCAUGGCACCAGCAGCAGGGCCGGCUCAGCCCUGCGAGGCCCCUGGACACGCGCAGACUUGUUGUACAGGGCUGCCUUUUCUGCAGCGCCCGUAGGGCAGUUCUGUCAGGAUGAAAGAGAAUCUGACGUUGUUUAAUUAUGUGCCCCCCUUGUUCAAUUUACAUUAUUUAUUGGGAAGGAGUGGUGCCAUGAGGGACCCCAGGGCCUUGCACACCCAGCCAAGUGCUCUGCCCCGAGCUGCAGGCCUCCCCUCGAGGCUUCAUUCUUCCUCGCAUGGUUUGUUUUAUGGACUGGUUAAUGCCAUUGUUUUCCUCAAUGAGAUUGUACAGCUGUUCUGGGAUCUUGGAGUCUCAAGAAAACCGUGUCCCUCC